GACGUGGCAACCUUAGUCACUCAAACAAACAACCCCUAGAACCCGAAGCGAACACGAAGCUGCUUGUGCCAAAAACGCCUCAAAACGCGCCGCCGCCUUUGUUUCCAUCCAAAAAUCAAAUCAAGUCGCCUCCCAACUUCACACUCGACACUUUCACUAAUCACAGCUCACUUCAGCUCGCUCGCUCUCACUACUACUCGCUGGCACCAUUCAGGCGGAUCCAAUGCCCGCCGCCUCCUCGCCUCUUCCCCUCCCCCUUCUCCUCCUCCUCCUCCUCGCCGUCGCCGGCGCCGGCGCCGCGGGUGCGGGGGCGGGGGUGGGGGUGAGCGGCGGGGGGCAGCUGUGGUGCGUGGCGAAGAACAACGCGGACGACGCGGCGCUGCAGGCGGCGGUGGACUGGGCGUGCGGCCCCGCGGGGGGUGCCGACUGCCGCGCCAUCCAGCAGGGCGGCGCCUGCUACGACCCGCCCGACCUCCUCGCCCACGCCUCCUACGCCUUCAACGACUACUUCCUCCGCGCCGGCGGCGCCCCCGCCGCCCCCGCCGCCUGCGACUUCUCCGGCGCCGCCGCCCUCACCGCCCUCAACCCCAGCCAUGGCAGCUGCGUGUUUCCUUCCAGCACAUCUCCAAAAAAUGGCAGCUUCACAGGAACAACAACUUAUGGUCCAGCUGGUGCAGAUUUAAGCAAAAGUUCUUCCAGGCAACUGAAUUUCUGGUCAUUGUUGUUAUGCAUAUGUCUGUCUGUAACAUUUUUCGAUGCCUUCCCUUCUGAUACAUUUUCAUAAACUCCUCUCUGCUAGUAUAUGAUAAACUACUGGACUGCAGAAAUGCAAUUUGUUGUACUUGUGGUUGAAGCAUCAUUUCUUUGCAAGUCUGUGUAGAGAAAAGGAAUACUCUUUUCAAGCUUCCCCUUUUCCCUCCUGUUAUUUAAUGAGCAUUUAAAGGGGUCCUUGCCAUCUCCGUUUUCGUUUUGUUUCAGUUUUGCUUUGGUAGUUUGUGUGUAACAUUUCAGCUGUAAGAGCACCCGUAAUGGUAAAGUAAUGUGCUAUCUAUAAAACAUGUACAUCUCA